AUGAGUGAGGGAGCAGCGCAAACUUCUGCUUUGCCACCGAUCGAACUGCUUGUCCAUGGACUUCCACCAACAGGUGCCCAAUGGUUACAAGGUUACGUUUAA